AGAACUUCCUGUCUUUUUGCUCCUCUGGCAGCCAGCCAUUUGUUCCCAGACUUAUUUUUCAGGGCCCCAUACGCCAAGGAUCAGAGUGGGUGUUUGUCUUUUUUUAAAUUUAUGUCAGCUUGUCUCUGCCUUCAGCCGUGACAACUCAGCACACAUCUGAGUAGCUUUCCCUUUGACAUCCAGAGUUCACAAUGUUACUCUACACUGCGGAUAUUAUGAGACCCUUCAUACAAGGCUGUUUUUAAUAUCUUGUCUUUGAGGGAGGAAAAAGAAGGCUGCUCUCAAGAACAGCCAGACAGAAGAGAGCCAAUAGUCUUAUUUCCCUGCCUCUGAUCUUCUAAGGACUUACUUGGAAACUGCAUUAUCAGGAGUGGAGCCCAGGAAACUGAAGCCAAGCAGAAAGUGUCCGGAGCCAGAUAACAAGGACAGAGGUAUCUUAUACUAGUGCUGCCCAGAAGUGGACUGUGGGACAUCUUAAAGCCUAUGUGAAGCGUGAGGGGGAUGCAAAAUGAACAGAAAUUUCAGCAAAUUACAGACAUGGAUCACCCAGAAAAGCUACAAGACAGACAACAAGAGCCAGAUGACAAAAGCCAGGAGCAGAAGAGAGAGCCAGAACUGCCCUCUGUAUGCUCAGAGCUGAGAAUUCUUCUCUUGGGGAAACAUGGUGCAGGGAAGAGUGCAACAGGAAACAGCAUCCUCAGGAAGCGAGUGUUUGAGUCCAAGUUCAGUGACGUUCCAGUGACCAAAACUUGCAAGAAAGAAAGUGGAACUGUGGGAAAGAGGGAAGUUGUGGUCAUUGAUACUCCUGAUCUUUUCUCUCCAAACAUCUCUACUGAAGAGAGGGAACAAGAGAUCAGGCACUGCAUCACCCUCUGUUCUCCUGGUCCCCACAUCCUGCUCUUAGUGACUCCUCUUGGCCAUCACACAGUGGAAGAUAAAGAGAUAGCGAAGGGCAUCCAGGAGCUCUUUGGAGCUGAAGCCAGGAGGCACAUGUUACUUCUCAUCACAAGGAAAGAAGAUCUGGGAGAUGAAUCACUUCCAGUGUAUGUUCAAAACACUGAGUACCUGAAGGAGCUGGUUCAGAAUUGUGGGGAUCGGUAUUGUGCUUUCAACAACAAAGUAGAUGGGGAAGAACAGGAUUCUCAGGUUCAGGGGCUCCUUGAGGACAUUGAAUUGUUGAUGAAGCAGAAAGGUGGCCAGUGCUAUGCUGAAUUUAAUGUGAGUGGAAGAAAGCAAGAAAAUACUAUGGACUCCAAAGCAGAUAUCUCACCAAAACUACCAGAUACCCUAGAAAGGAAGAGUUGUGUGACAGGAGUCAAAACACAUCAAAAGGAACCCAAUCUACCUGAUAUGCUGAGCCUCAUCCUUGUAGGGAGAAGUGGGACUGGGGAAGAGCUCAACUGGGAACACCAUUAUUGGGGAGCAUACUUUUGUAGCCAAACUUGCUGGAAAAUCAGUCACUACAACCUGUCAGAAUAAGGACAGAACCUGGAAAGAGAAGACUAUUAUAGUUGUUGAUACUCCAUCCUUUGACCUUACCCUGGCUAGUGAAGAUCUUCUUUCUAAACAAGGGAAAGAAGUCGUUCGUAGCCUUUGCCUAUCUCCAGGAGCCAGAGUCUUCAUUCUGGUGAUUCAGCUGGGCAGGUUCACUCAAGAAGAUGAGAAGAGCAUUAGGGAACUAAAAGCCGUAUUUGGAAAUGAGAUCACUGAGCACAUGA